AGGGAAAGCAUAAAGAAAUCGGUGUAAAGAGAGCGACACGUGUGGCUGUGAAGGUUGGAACAGGGAAUGUCCCAGCCCAGCCUAAAAACUUUCUUGGAAGAGGUCCUUGCAAAUGAGCACCCUCCAUCUGACAGGGUGUUUUUCAGCACAGUGUCUAUUGAGAAAGAGCACAGCUCUCAUCCGCUCCGCCACUGAGUUAUUGCCUGAGGGACUGGACCAGCAGAGAGGGCUUUUCUUGGCCCUGUGACCACUGAUGAAAUGAGGAGGAUGAAGACCCAAACCACUGUCCAUCUGAUGUGGCUCCUGAUUUUAGUGCUACAGUUUGCUUGGCUUACAAAAGGCAUGAAUCACUUUAUAGUUCCUCAGAAUUUGACCUCGGAGACCGGAAAAACUGUCACCUUUGAAUGUGGUGUCAUUGGAUUGAAUGGGGCUAAAAUCCGGUUUUACAUUAUGGGUCCAAAGGUCAAUGAUUCUGUGUCUUGCCCAGGAGACAAAACCAAGUACUUGCCUGCUCAGUCAAUGAAAGCUUACUGUAAUUCAAAAUCUACUGGAGAAGUAGCUGCUUGGGAAGUCGCAGGAACAUCAAUGGAUGACAACAGCACUAUUUUUUUGUGCAAAGUCGAUACUUUAGAUGACAAAAUCGGACACCUUUAUGUGUACGAGAAUGAUUCCUACUAUGCUAAGCUCAUUGGCAUGAAUCACUUUAUAGUUCCUCAGAAUUUGACCUCGGAGACCGGAAAAACUGUCACCUUUGAAUGUGGUGUCAUUGGAUUGAAUGGGGCUAAAAUCCGGUUUUACAUUAUGGGUCCAAAGGUCAAUGAUUCUGUGUCUUGCCCAGGAGACAAAACCAAGUACUUGCCUGCUCAGUCAAUGAAAGCUUACUGUAAUUCAAAAUCUACUGGAGAAGUAGCUGCUUGGGAAGUCGCAGGAACAUCAAUGGAUGACAACAGCACUAUUUUUUUGUGCAAAGUCGAUACUUUAGAUGACAAAAUCGGACACCUUUAUGUGUACGAGAAUGAUUCCUACUAUGCUAAGCUCAUUGGCAUGAAUCACUUUAUAGUUCCUCAGAAUUUGACCUCGGAGACCGGAAAAACUGUCACCUUUGAAUGUGGUGUCAUUGGAUUGAAUGGGGCUAAAAUCCGGUUUUACAUUAUGGGUCCAAAGGUCAAUGAUUCUGUGUCUUGCCCAGGAGACAAAACCAAGUACUUGCCUGCUCAGUCAAUGAAAGCUUACUGUAAAUCAAAAUCUACUGGAGAAGUAGCUGCUUGGGAAGUCGCAGGAACAUCAAUGGAUGACAACAGCACUAUUUUUUUGUGCAAAGUCGAUACUUUAGAUGACAAAAUCGGACACCUUUAUGUGUACGAGAAUGAUUCCUACUAUGCUAAGCUCAUUGGAUACGUGAUUGGAGGAUUCUUAGCCGCUCUCAUUACCAUCAUUGUGGCUUAUGUCCUGUUGAAAAGAUCAGAGAAAGUACAGCAUUGCUUCAGGUCGGUGGGUGGAAUCCAAGAUGAUGUGCAAUAGCCACAAUCUAAGCAAUACUGAAACCCCUCUCAUGCUCCUUACGAACAAAUAUGGAUUUGAAGGACUAAUUAUAACAUAGCACAGACAUCACAAUAUGAUAUAUGUUCUACAGAUUUGAAAGAAGGCCUGUGUUUUUCCAUUUUCAGUCUUGUCCAGUAGAUGGCGUGUUCACUUCUCUGUUCACAGCCAUUAAUGUCUUAGUUUCUCAUGUUCCUGGUUCAAAAUCCUUUUUUUUUUUACUUUUGAAAUCCUUUUUUUUAUUUUUUUGGUCACAGAGGAACGUUCUAAGUAACUAUCAUAACUCAAUUUUAAUUUCUAACCCUAAUUUACAAUAAAAUGAGAGGGAUUUUGAUACAGGAGUAUGUUCUAUUGACAUCAUUGAAAGGUGGCUUUGCUUAAUGCUUAAAGCGGAUUACAAAUACAAAAAUUUGAUUAUUUAAUUUAGGAUCUGCUGUUUAAUGAAUAGUCACGUACUCUGUGUCAUUGUCAUGCUGUUUACAAUAUGCAUUUAUUUUAGUUGUUGUUUAUUUUCAAUGUAAUGUAAAUUACACAGAACUUUGACUGGUUUAAUUUCAUUUUAUACUGCUUUAAGAGGCUAAAUGACAAAAUUCACAUCACACAUAUGACUUUUGGGUUGCGCUGAGUAGAUCAAUAGAGAUGGGUCAGUCAAUAUUGACACAGGUGGUUCAUGUGCGCCCUGGAACAGCCAUGUUUAUAUCCUACCACGCUUUUCAUUGUAGAUAUCAGUCAGUGAGCAUUUAGUUUUAAUGUUUUAAAGGCUCAGGAACUGUGCAUUUAAGCCUGUUUUGAAGCUUUGACUAUUUGCAUAUGUGCUCUGGCAUUUGUAAAUACUCAUGAAGUCACAUUACAGCACUCAACAAUCAUCUGCUUUAGCUCACAGUCACAUUUAAGUUUAAUGUUGUAUGAUAUUUUCAGAAUGUGCUCGUAUCAAUCGAAAAUGCAAACGUUAUUGUAAACAUCUGAAAUGUAGACGAGAGCAUUUCAAAUCAGAUUAGACAGUCAAAUCUAAAACAUUUAUGUUUCAUUUUGACUUUAUUUUAAUGCUUUCCGUUCUCUUGAGAGAGUCCAAUGGGGUUUGCGUAAAAAUAAUCAUAAUUGAAUUAGCCUAUAUUAUUUUAUUUUCAAAUACUUGUAAUAUGAUCUGCUGACCUUAUUAAACUCAGUAGACAGAUAUGAUUGAGGCUUCUACUUUUUCUCAGAAUGUACUUUUCAUAAAGGUGAUUAUCUUGUAUAGAGACUUUUGUUCUGGGGUCAGUUUGACCGCUGUAUAAAUACAUUUUAGAAUAAUAUAAUAAAACAAAUAAGAAUAAGAACAUGU